CAUAUUUAUUUUUUCAUUUUUUAAGUCAUACUCCAUUUUAUGAUAUUUUAAGAUACCGAGUAUAUGUUCUUGCUUUAUACAUAGUAGGUGUUUAAUAAGAAAUGCUGCUGAAUGAAACUGGGUUGUAAGGUGGACCCCACCAUAGCUACAUUGAGAUCCUGAUUUAGUACUAAUGUUUGCAGAUCUAUGAAUUUUAAAAGAUCAGAACCUGUAACAUGAAAGUUAGUUGGGAGAUAUAAUUGAGAUUGAUCAAGUUGCCUGAAUUUUUGUUUUAAAUUUGUCCCAAGCGUUUUCUUUAAAAACAGUAGCAUUCCCACAGAGUCCUUGUUUGAUAUGUACCAGAUGGUCAGAGGAGAGUUCUAGAACUCAUUAAUCAAACUGCCCUUGACUUCUGCUUAAGCCAUUUCAGUGAAGGUUGAUACUUAAACACACUGAAGAGCAUUAAAAUAAAAACAAUAAAAUCAAAAGUGGAAAGGCUACUUUUGGGAUAACUGAGGAUAUGAAGCAUUUUAUGUUUUGUAUCUUAAUUCAAAUUCUCCAAAAAGUAACUAUUCUUUACUGUUUAUAAAAGACAAGAAAAAUGAAGGAUUCUUAACCAGAGUUUGGGAAAUACAAAAAUUCUGUAUAAUCUCGAAAACAAAACAAAACAGAGGUUUAAAAGAAGCACAUAAACUGAGUAUACACAAACUAAGUAAUUGAAUAUUUACUUAGGUUACUAAGGAAAAUUUUGGACAUUUCAGAGAUUGAGUUUUUGUCUUACUAUGAAAGAAUGCAUAUAUAUUUCUGAUCAUGUUAGCUAUAUUAGAAUUCAUGAGAUCCCAUAAAUGGUUUAACCUUACUGAUACUACGUUGAAUUCAAUACAUACUUCCUUUUCUUCUCAAACUCUAGAGAUGGAAUUGAGGUUGUAGUAAAAUUUUUACAUCUUUGAAACAUUGUCACUUUAAAAAUUAAUGACAUAGGGGGAAGGGAAAAAAAAGAGAGGGAAGCAAACUAUAAGAGACUCUUAACUACAGGGGCGCCUGGGUGGCUCAGUCAGUUAAGCGUCCAACUUCAGCUCAGGUCAUGAUCUCACGGUUUGUGGGUUCCAGCCCCGCAUCGGACUCUGUGCUGACAGUUCGGAGCCUGGAGCCUGUUUCGGAUUCUGUGGCUCCCUCUUUCUCUCUAUGCCCCUCCACCACUCAUGCUUUAUCUCUCUUUCUCUCAAAAAUAAAUAAACAUUAAAAAAAUUAAUUUAAAAAAAAGAGACUCUUAACAAAGGGCUGAUGGAGGGAGGUGAGUGGGAAUGGACUAAAUGGGUGAUGGAUAUUAAGGAGGGCCCUUGCGAUGAGCACUGAGAAUUAUAUGUGAUGAAAACUAAAUUCUACACCUGAAACAAAUUUGACCAUAUAUCUUAACUAACUAGAAUUUAAAUGAAAACUUGAAAAAAGAAGAAAAAGAAGAUGGAAUAUCAUCGUUUCUUUUAUAGGCUCACUUACAUUUCAGAUGAAAGAAAAUAUAUCUGAUGAGGCCCAAUCUACAAAAUAUAUAAAGAAAUCAUAAAAUUCAAUAGCAAAAAAAAAUCUGAUUAAAAAAUGGGCAGAGAAUAUGAAUAAACACUUUCCCAAAAAAGACAUAAAGAUGGCUAACAGGUACAUGAAAAGAUAUUCAAUAUUACUGAUCACCAGGGAAAUGCAAAUCAAAAUCAUAAAGAACUAUUACCUCACACCUAUUAGAAUGGCUAUUAUCAAAAGAAAUAACAAGUGUUGGAAAGAAUGUGUAGAGAAAAGGGAACCCUUGUUCUCUGCUAGUAGGAUUGUAAAUGGGUGUAGGUGAUGUGGAAAACAGUAUUGAGGUUCCUAAAAAAAUUAAAAAUAGAAUUACCAUACUAUCCAGUAAUUUUGCUUCUGGGAAUAUACCCAAAGGAAAUUAAAACAUUAACUUGAGAAGGUAUCUGCACCAACAUGUUCAUAGCAGCAUUGUUUAUAAUAGCCAAGACAUGGAAAUAAUUUAAGUGUCCACUAGCAGAUGAAUAGAUAAAGAAAAUGUGAUAUUGAUCUAUCAAUUGAUUAAUUGAUCCAUCAAUAUAUAUCUAUAUAUAUAAUGGAAUAUUACUCAGCCAUAAAAAAGAAUGAAAUCUUGUCAUUUGUGACAUCAUGAAUGGAACUUGAGGGAAUUACACUAAGUGAGAUAAGUCAGACCGAGAAAGAUAAAUAUCAUAUGACCUCUUUUGUAUGUGUAAUCUAGUAAAAAAACAAACAAACAAACAAACAAACAAAAAACAAGCUAAUGGAUACAGAGAACAGAUUGGUGGUUGCCAGAGGUAGGGGUGGCUGUGGUGAAAUGGAUGAAAGGAGUCAAAAGAUACACUUUUCCAGUUAUAAAAUAAUGUUAAAGAACCCAGUGUGUAAAUUAUAUAGAUUUCCUACAUCUGACAAUAAGUGGAUGCGAAUCCGGGAGCAGAUGUCAGAGAGCAUACUUUCUUUUCAUAUUCCUAAGGAAUUGAUUUCUCUUCACAUAAAAGAAGACUUGUGUAGAAACCAGGAGCUAAAGGAACUUGGUGAGCUUUCUCCGCACUGGGACAAUCUACGGAAAAAUGUCCUUACUCACUGUGAUCAAAUGGUGAAUAUGUACCAAGAUAUUCUGACAGAACUUAGCAAGGAAACAGGGUCCUCUUUCAAAUCAAGCAGCAGCAAAGGAGAGAAAACAUUAGAAUUUGUUCCAGUAAAUCUACAUUUGCAAAGAAUGCAUGUCCACAGCCCUCACUUGAAAGAUGCUCUCUACGAUGUCAUCACCGUGGGAGCCCCAGCUGCCCAUUUUCAGGGAUUUAAGAAUGGUGGUCUUCGGAAACUACUCCAUAGAUUUGAAAUGGAAAGAAGAAAUACUGGAUACCAGUUUAUUUACUAUUCACCUGAAAACACAGCCAAAGCAAAAGAAGUUCUCAGCAACAUCAAUCAACUACAACCUCUGAUAGCAACCCAUGCGGACCUCCUGCUUAAUUCUGCAAGCCAGCAUUCUCCAGACAGCCUGAAGAAUUCUUUAAAGAUGCUUUCAGAAAAAACAGAGCUUUUUGUACAUGCCUUCAAGGAUCAGUUGGUUAGAAGUGCUCUUUUAGCCCUCUACACUGCCAGGCCAGGAGGUGUCCUUAAGAAACCACCCUCUCCUAAGAACAGCACAGAGGAGAGCUGUCCCCAGGACCCACCCCCACCGAUGAGAAGGCAGGACUCCAUACCACAUCAUUCAGACUAUGAUGAGGAAGAGUGGGAUAGGGUGUGGGCCAAUGUGGGGAAGAGCCUGAACUGCAUUAUUGCCAUGGUGGAUAAACUGAUUGAAAGAGAUGGUGGCAGUGAAGGCGGUGGCGAUGGCAGCCAAGAUGGAGAAGAGGACCCUUCUCUAGUGGACUCCAUCAUAACUCGUCCAAGGGAGGACUGGUAUGAACAAUUGUAUCCCCUCAUCCUUACCCUGAAGGACUGCAUGGGAGAAGUGGUGAACCGAGCCAAGCAGUCCUUGACAUUCGUGCUCCUUCAGGAACUUGCAUACAGCUUGCCCCAGUGCUUGAUGCUGACUCUAAGAAGGGACAUCGUCUUCAGCCAAGCGCUUGCUGGAUUGGUUUGUGGUUUUAUCAUCAAAUUACAUACAAGUUUGCAUGACCCUGGCUUCCUGCAGCAGCUUCACACAGUGGGGUUGAUAGUGCAAUAUGAAGGACUGCUAAGUACAUACAGUGAUGAAAUCGGAAUGCUAGAGGACAUGGCUGUUGGCAUUUCAGAUUUGAAGAAAGUUGCAUUUAAAAUAAUUGAAGCCAAGUCCAAUGAUGUCUUGCCAGUUAUAACAGGAAGGCGUGAACAUUAUGUGGUAGAGGUGAAGCUUCCAGCGAGAAUGUUUGAGGCCCUGCCCCUGCAGAUUAAAGAAGGGCAAUUGCUUCAUGUGCAUCCAGUACUUUUUAAUGUUGGAAUCAAUGAACAACAAACUCUUGCUGAGAGGUUUGGAGAUGUCUCCUUGCAGGAAAGUAUUAAUCAGGAAAAUUUUGAACUUCUAAAAGAAUAUUACACAAUAUUUAUGGAAAAGAUGCCUCCUGAUUAUAUUUCACAUUUUCAAGAACAAAAUGAUUUAAAAGGAUUACUAGAAAAUCUCCAUCAAAAUAUCCAAGCCAAAAAAAGAAAGAAUGUAGAAAUCAUGUGGCUGGCUGCAACGAUUUGUCGCAAACUAAAUGGUAUUCGUUUCACCUGUUGUAAAAGUGCCAAAGACAGGACGUCCAUGUCGGUGACUCUUGAACAGUGCUCAAUCUUGAGAGAUGAGCACCAGCUGCACAAGGACUUCUUUAUCCGAGCCCUGGAUUGUAUGAGAAGAGAAGGAUGCCGCAUAGAGAAUGUUCUGAAGAAUAUCAAAUGCAGAAAGUAUGCUUUCAACAUGCUACAGCUGCUGGCUUUCCCCAAGUACUACCGACCUCCAGAGGGGACUUAUGGAAAAGCUGACACCUAACUUUACCAACAUGUAAAUAACCAGGAACACAAUUACGCUUCAGUCGGAUAAUCUCCACCUUUCUAAACUGUUUUAUUGUCAUGAGUUUGUGGAGGGAGCUGAUCAGGGAUGUUUGCCCAAAUCUAGGAAUUACUCGAAUUAGGUCUUAGCAUAUUAGUCUGAAAGAAAUCCAUUAAAAAAUGUCCAGGAACAUUGUGAUUCUAGUUCUCACUUCUACGCGGUGCCCCUCGCAGGCUGAGGUCAGCUCAGAAUGGGUACAUUUCAUUCACGGUGUCCUUUAGUGGAAGGCACUGAUUCUGAGGAAACGUUUAGUUGCUGCAGGAGGAGUACAGGUGACUCAUAGAGGGGCGCUUGACCUCCAGAAUGAACACAGGAGAGUGUAAAGGAGAGAGGGACUCAGACAUGGUAUUUCACAGCCUUUCUCACGAGUAACCUUAGAGCCCAUUUGUGGUAUUUGGAAAAUAUCUUUCUAGGGAAUUAAAAUUCGGUAGCAUCAACGCAUGAUGUUGACGGCAGAAGCAGGUUGCCGGUGUGCUUUUUAAAGACUGUGGUCCUCCAGGCGAGACAUAACCAGUCCUCCAGAACAGGUAGAUGACAGUGUUAGCAACUCAGUGGAGAUACUUUUCAAUAACAUGGUAUCUUUUCUAAACUCUGACGCAGGUUGUAUGGUGAUAAAGUUGUAUAGUAGAAAAAUACCGUGAGGAACUAAAACUGCAAGAAAACGAAAGCUGAUCACCCUGCUGAUGUUAAACAUGAAAAUCCCCGUCAGCCUGAACUUUGUGUAGCCAAGUUCAUAAAAGUCCAAAAAUAUCUGUGUGAUGUUUUCCAAUAGUCAUCUUGCUACAAAAUAUAGAUGGUGGAAUCUGCGUUGUCUGGCAUAGAUUACUACGUGUGAAUAAACAUUUUAAGACAUAUGCAACCAUAGCUAAUGAUAAACCAAAAUAAUUAUUUCUGUUGACUUCAAUUUCCAAAUCACACCAGCAUAGGUUUUCCAAUAUUCCAAAUUAGAAAUUGCUGUAGAGAUUAUCUUGUAUAAUGUCAUUAUAAAUGGGUAAAUUAAAGCACGAGGAAGAUAUGCCUCCAAUAAUCCAGCUAGAUAAUUUUAGAACCAUGAUUAUAAUCUCUUCUUACCUUCCUAGCCUGUGCCAUGCUAAAAAUGCAUGAAAAUUAUGGGAGAAUGCUAGUUAGUUAAAUAAAAAUUGUCAUUUAUUGCUGGAAUUAAACCUUAGAGUACAACAGCCUAAAAAAAUGAACCCUAUUUUCUCCAGAUGUUGAGUUUAUUCUUUCUCCUCACUCGUUGAAAGAGUAUGACAUCCAGAGCAUAAAUCUACCCUUUGGAUAUGCCAGAGGCUUGUUACAUAGAUGUCUCUUGGGUGUGACUACAUUCAGUGGAUAAUAUUAUGGGGCUUUCCAUAGCUAGUGUGACAGCUUCUUGGCUAAGAUAUCUGUUGACUAAGGACUCCAAACAGAUCCCUAGGCCCAUGUAGGGUUUUCAGAUUACUACAAAUUUUAGAUAACUGUUUUGGGCUUUGAAUACUAGAAUUAUCAAUCCAUAUUUUAGCUAAUGAUUUGCGGGCAUUAUAUUUGAGACCAUUGACAAACAAUUCAUAGCCUUCUUAAUAAAAAGUGGCUAUAUACUAUAGAUCUAUUCACAAAGUUUUCAGUGUUCUCCCUUAUAUUUCAUUCUCCCUUUCAAUGAUUAGAUAUAACUUUUGAAUUGUUCAGUUUAAUUUGAAAAUGGUAGGAUUUGGUGUUAUUUUCAUUAUCCCAUUGGAUUUAAGGUACAGAGGUUGGGAUGACAGAGGUUUCCUCGAAUAACAAUGAAGCCUCAUUCAGUAUGUCAGAGUGGUCUGGGUUCCAAAAAACCUUAAGUGAAAAUGUAUCAUCUUAUAAACAGUAUAAUUUUUGUCUGUAUUUUUAAAAAUGAAAACUCUUGACUCAAAUCUGGAAAAAAAAAAACUUAUUAAAUGGAAAGCCAACAGUAGGGUUUUCUAUUUGGGGGAAGACAUUUCAAAGAUUUUUUUUUCUUUUGAAAAGUACUAAUAUAGAAGUCUUAAAGGCUAGAGUUUACUAUAAUACAAAUGCAUAGAAGUUUUCAUUUAUUAUUAGCAUAGUCAUCUGCAUUUCCCUAUAUGAAGCCUGUAUUUGUACAUACUUUUAAAAGUGGAUUUCAUCAAGAAAAUUCAUGUUUUGUUUCAACAACAAUAUUGUUCCUUUCCUGAGAGAUAUUCUAACUAUUCUUAGAAAUCCACUUCACUAUUUCUUUUUUCUUAAUUUUUUUAAAUGUUUAUUUAUUUUUGAAGGAGAGAGAGACAGAGCAUGAGCAGGGAAGGGGCAGAAAGAGAGGGAGACGCAGAAUCUGAAGCAGGCUCCAGGCUCUGAGCUAUCAGCGCAGAGCCCGAUGUGGGGCUCGAACUUAUGAGCUGCGAGAUCAUGACCUGAGCUGAAGUUAGGCACUCAACCAACUGAGCCAUCCAGGUGCCCCCC